CCUAAUGUCCCAGAUUGUCUGACACCCCAAAUUUUAAGAGAAUGUAUUUCUUUUGAACCUAGGUUGUCUUCUUCGCUCUAAAAUAUUCUUGGUUUCUGGACAUUUUUUUUCUCUCUCGCAUUUUUUUAGGCCUUGUGCCUUAUACUUAAUACUUACUCUUAUUAAAUUUUAGUAUUUCAAUUUAUUUAAUUUUAGGUACUUUUACUUUUCACUUAAGUAACCACUUUUUCAUUCAGUUCACCGAAGAACAUAGCAAUAAUAACAUGUUAUAUAUUUUUGGAUUCAGAAUUGAAUACAUUAUAAUCUAUUAUUUGAAUGAUCAUUCAUGAUUGAUUGAAUAUUGAUACAAUUAAUAGAAUCAGAUCACAGUAUCUGAGUAUGCACAAUCAGUCUAAAGUUAAUUAUUAUGAUGGUGUUGAUGUAUGGCUGACUGAAAGUAAAAGAUUACUCGGAUUAGGUUUUCUGGUGUGCUAAGGGCUAAAGUUUUAUAAAAAUAAUUUUAACAUAUAACAUAGCAUAAGUGACAAAUCAAAAAGGUAGAAGGAUUAGGUAUUUGAGCGUCGGUUAUUAAAAAAAUUGUGUUGUUCUCGUUUGAAGUCAAUGCUAUUUAAAUUUCUUAUAUUGUUAAGAAGCAUUAGAUUAAAUUAUUUUAUUGAUUAAAAUAAAUGGAUAUAUUUUUUAUGGUAUUGUUCAUUGUAACUGUUCUUAGUCUCAGAAAUCUCUCGACUUUUAUUGCAACAGCCUACCCUAUUGAGAAUUUCAGAAUAAAAUCUGCAGUGUGAAUGAGAAUGUACCUUAUUAUUAACAGACACAGUAUUAUAAUGAAGCAGUGAUUAAAAAUUUGCAACAAUGUAAACUUGUUUAGUCGUAUUUAAUUACAUAUAAAUCUUGUCAGCUGCAUCACUGAAAGGAUUGAUUUAAAUUUAAAUUUUUAAACUCAUUUAUUGACGUGUUCCUGUUUUUCAGACCAUUUAAGUAUUUUCUUUUGAAAUAAAAUUUAGUGGAAUUCACGAUUGAAAUGUAGUUUAAUAAUUAUACAAGUAAUUAAUAGUAGGCUUACAUUUAUUUUUUUAUUCGUAUAUAAGUAUUGUACUACUAAAAAAUAACAAAAGUAGUAGUUGACUGAGUAAAUCAGUGAUACUUAAACUUAUACACCUAGAUACCAGUUCUCAUUCUGCUAAGACAUGUAGACUAAGGUGACCAUUUAAAUUGUUUUUACCUAGACACUACUGAACUACUUGUUUUUGGAACUUUGUCCUGGGUUGCCUUCAGCUGAAUCAGUACAGUUUAUGACAACAAAAUAAAAACAUAUGAAAGACAUAAAUAAAACAAGUAAAAAAUAUGUUAUUCAUCCAAAUAAGAAUCAUGCUAACAUUUUUUUCAAAAGAACGUCUCACAAUGUUCUCUGUGUGAUCAAAAAUUAAAUAAUAAUAAUUAUUUUGUUUUGGACACCCAUAUUGCCAAAAGGAUUUUAAAUGUCCUGGUUUUAAAUUUGAAAAAAAUGGUCACCUUACUUAUACAGUCUUAGCCAAUAAACUGCCCAAGAUAAUUUCAAAAAGCACAUACAGCCUAUACUAUUAAAUCUAUGGGCUUAACAUUUUGUAAAAUUUAUUUUAUGCUUUAAAAACUUAAAUUAUUACUGGUACUUAAUAAACAAUAGUAUAAUAUCUAUAAGAAAGAGCUAAGUUAUCCAUUUAAUAUUAAAAAAACAACAAAUCAAUUUACAAAUGCUCGGAGUCUCAAAAAAACAAUGAUACGGAUUUUCUAUUAUUUUUCACAAAGGGAAUAAUAUGAAUAUUUUUUUUCUUCACAUAUCUGCUUUUUUAAAAGUAUUUUAAAUUAGUUAAAGAAACACAUUUAAUAUAACUGGUAACAAUUAUAGAGCUAUUUUGAGCAUUAAAUAUGAAUGUGAGGGUUAAGAUUUAAUUUUUAUUACCAUCAAUAAAUGACCACCUAUGUAUUACUUUUAGUUAGUAAUCAAUUUUGUUAAUUAUUUUAUUCUUAAUAUUGCAAAUUUAAAGUUAUGUUCAUUUCCCAUAUGAUUUCAAAUGAUUAAAAUGUUCAAUUGAACUCAAUGAAAAUAAAAUUUGUAUAAGUAUAAGCUUAUAACAACUUAAUUUAAGCCCACAAAUUCCAAGCUUUAACUUUCCUUGACUUUCCCAGCAUGUAACAAAGCUGAUAAUUUUGUUCCCCUUUUUUAAAAUAAAUAUAAGUAAUUGCUUUUUAAAUCGUUAACACGCUACAAAGAAUUUUAGCUUUGUAUCUUUAACAUUUAACAAGUUUUACUCAUAAUAUUUUUUUUAUUCGAAAAAUUUGCAUUAAUGAAAUUUAAAUAAUAAAAAAAAAAUGAUCAUCUAAACAAUUUUUUUAUCAUUAAAAAAAUGCAUUUCAAGCCAUUAAGGGCAAUGACUUUUCAUGCACAUUUUAAAUUAAAGGUCAGGAGGUAAAUAUAAUUUAGAAUUUAUAGGAGCCAGAUUGAUCAAUACAUCAAAUACUGACCAUUCUUUGAAUUUGGAAAAUUCAAUAUCAGCUGCCUUUAGUGUCUUCUAAGUCUUUAUAUUUCUUUCAAAAGUUUUUCCUCUGAUAAAUCAUCUUUGAAAGAGGUUAAUUUUGGAACGGACACCAAUAACUCUUCUAUAUUUGCUGAUAGUGCUCUUGAGUUGAACAACCCCAAACAUAUCUGCUACUUCCUUGAUCACUGAUGAUUUGAUCUGGAGUUCAGAAUGAAAGUGAACGAUGAACUCCAGAAUCUUUUUUCUGUUUUCUCUCGCAGAGAGAGUCCAGCAUCUAUUAAUUGUUCUCCUUUCAUUCUCUUCUUAAACCUUUGUCUUCUCUAUACCGAAAUUCCAUAUAGGUCUGAUUUUAAAAGUACAUUUUCAAUAGCAUGUUCUACAAAGUGACAGCGCUUCUUGUGCAGAAACAAUCUUAAGGCCUCUAGGUUGGUCACCACUUUUUCAAGAGUAAAGCUUUUAGUCUGCAAAUACUGCUCUUUAUGAUUAACAUCCUCAAGUAGAUCAUCCCAAAGGUAAAGGUAGCAAAUAAAUGUAAAAUCACAGACAACAUGUAAAACACCUUGUGCUGUAUGACAAUUGUGCUCUAAUGUUAAGAGGUGUUGCUGUUGAAUAAUCAGGGAAAUUAUUUAUUUUUUAGUAUUUCUGGGUUUCAAUAGAUUUGGUUUGUUAACCCUAAAAGUGGAUAAAAAUUCAUUUUUUUUAUGUUUUUAACUUUUACAGAUUCGAUUCAUUUACGGUACUUUGAAUCGUCCGACCAUAUCUUAUUUGGUUUCAGUGGAAAGCUUUGUUUCUCAGAAUUUAGAUACAUAUUGCUGCCUGUCAUUUAUGAAAGUUACCGAACACUUCAUUCGCUGUUGAAUAGUGGUCAACAUGGUGUUUUUGACGCAUCUACCUUGAUAAUAAAGCACGCAUUUGGAUUGGUUACACUUUUGGAAAAUUUACAUGUGAUCGGUUAUCCUUCUAUGAAUUUCCGUUUGACAGAGUAGUGUGUGCUCUGUAAAUAUGCCAUUUUUCAAUUUGAUGUCUAGCUACGCCACUAUUUGAAAAUUUUUCAUUGGUAUAUAAUAAAAAAUAUUCUUAUUCAAUCUGGCCUCCAAGAUUAAAAGUCAAAUUUAAUUUAUUUUAAAAUAUCUCUGCUGUCUUAUUUUAGAUACAAAAUGGCUUUUGUACUCUAAACCCUAAGGACACAGUGGCACAACUCAUGUCUCAACAAGACUUACACUGAUUGAAGAUGGCAAAACGCUAUGAUACCUUGGUGCGACUUUUGCUCGUUGGAGAUACAGGAGUGGGAAAGACAUGUUUGAUAUGUAAAUAUGCCUGUAAUGAGUUCCAUGAAAAUCAUAUUACUACAAUUGGUAAGCAUAAUAUUAAAGCUUUAUCAUUUCUCAGGUAUAUUGCAUUUUAAGUUAGAUUCAAUUUAAAGUGAAGUGAAUAUAGUUUGCAGCCUGAUUGACACCCAAAUAAAGUAGAUGCUUGCAUUUUUAAAAUUAUUUGCUUUCCUUUUGAAUGUGUGCGUAAAUUUAUAUAUGUAUGUAUGUAUGUAUAUGUAUAUAUAUUUGAUUACAUGUUGAAUAAAAAAAAACCCACAAAUUUAUAUGUGUAUAAAUAAAAAUGUACCAAUUUGCAAACAAAAGAAAAUUGAACCAUAGAAUAGAAUUUCUAUUUAGUUAUGAACAUUUUUAUUUAAAAAUACAUUUUAACAUAGGGCUAUGGCAUGUCAUAACUCAAUCAUGUUAUUUUAAUUUUAAACAGCAAAGUUUGUCAACUAGUACUAGUUAUAGCCCACCAAAUAUUGGCGGUAGCAAUGCGUGAACUUCCCAUCUACCAAAGUUACUUUACAAAAACGUGAACUCAAGUUAGGUGCAUUUCAGAAUGCCAAUUUUGCUACACCCCUUCCCCCAUGUUACUUCACUGCAUACUUUUUAUUUCACGCCCAUGAACUAUAUUAAUAUUCUCAUGUCCCAACCCCUUUUAAACCGAAUAUUUUUUACACAAUACUUAAAUUGAGACGAUUCCAUUUCCGAAAAGAUGAUAUUACGCACCAAACACAAUUGCGUUAUUAAAAAUAGAUAUAUAUCAUUUAGUGUAGUUAUCGGGAAUUUUAUUUUGCGCGCUAGUGAACUCAUUAUUUAACCACACGUAUCUGGCGUAUCUAUAUAUAGCCUGCGUGGUGGUGGUGUUUGACCUUUGCUGGCGAAUUAUAUAUAUAGAGAGAUGUAACAUGUGCCGUAAAUACUAGUACAUAAGCACACUUUUGGGGGGAAAUAUUUCAGGAGAACAAGUUGGGUGGUCAGCUUAUGAGCGGGUCAAAAUGAAAUUUUUAUAAUUUUCUCCGAAAAUUUGUACAGUAAAUACCAUUUUACAUGCAUGAUUUACAUAGUACAAUGCUGUUCGUUUAUUAGUUUUUAAGUCUUUUUACUUCAAAAUAAUUUUUAAAAGUUUGGAUUUUAAAAAAAACUAUUCUUUCGUACUUAUUGUAUCGUAUUGCUUAUACUGGUAUAUUAUUUCAUGGGGGUUGGCUUAUUAAUGGGUCACACACUUUUCAGGCUUUAAUAAUAAUUAUUAUUUGCAAUUUUUUUACAAGGUGUUGACUUUAAAAUGAAAAUGAUCAACCUUGAUGGAAAAAAUGUGAAAAUCCAAAUCUGGGACACUGCAGGUCAAGAACGUUACGAGGCCAUCACCAAGCAAUUUUAUUCAAGGGCACAGGUCAGAUAUUUUAUUAAAUGAAAUAAGUCUUUUGAAACUGUCUCAGUGAAACGAACCCUUUAUAUACUUAGGCAGCACAGUUGUAAACUCAGUUUGAAUACAAAGGCUAUGAACACCUCACAACCUACAGUACUCAAGAGGGAAAGCACGAAGAAAAGGAAAACAUGUCAACAAAGAGGAAAUUCUGUAUACACACUCAGUCACCUGAACUUAUAAACAAGCAUCUGUAGUUAAAAACUUGUGAUGGCACUAUCAACAGAAAUAUCCUCAGCUCUAAACUUGAUUCAACAUGUUGUCACCUAGUUAGCAUUGUGCUGCUACAAAAUAAAUGUGUGACUAUAUAAUAUAAUGAUAAAAGGAGACACCUAAAAAAUUUCCUUUUUUAAAUUUUUAAGUAAACUGGUAAAAUUUAAAUAGUGUUGUUGAAUAAUAUUUUAUUUUAUUUUAGGGGUGUUUGCUGGUUUAUGAUAUAUGCAGCAGAAGUUCCUUUGAAUCACUGGCUAAGUGGUUAUUGUAUGUCAAACGAGUAAGUUCUAAAGCAUUUGUGAUGUAAAUUAAUUUUUAACAACAGAAUCAAUUGUGCAAUAAUUUUUUUUGUUUUUGUUUAAUCCUUUUAAAAGUAUAAACAAUAAUGAACAAUAUUCACUAUUUCACUUAUUGUUCUCUCUACUUUUACCACCUACUAUCGGAUGUACCCCACAUUUUGCCGGGAUCGGAUUUGGAGCAAAAGAACUUCUACGGUCUACAAUCUUAUAAUUAUUCCGAUCCCGGUGGGCUCCCAAUCCCAUCGCUCCCGUUAGUAUACCUUUCCCGGUGGGAUUCCGAUCCCUCUGGGUCCCAAUUCCGGAAGGAUCCCAAUCCCGUUGGUAUUCCGAACCUGGUGAUAUCUCGAUACCAGUGGAAUAAGGAUACAGGUGGGAUCCCGAUAGCUGUCGGAUCCCAAUACCGGUGGGGUACCGAUCUCGGUUGGUUUUAGUUUUCUGAUAGGAUUCCGAUCCGAGUGGGAUCCCAAUGCCGUUAGGAUGCCAAUCCCAUUAGUAUCCCGUUUCCUGGUGGGAUCCUCUUCUCUGAUAGGAUCCCAUUUACUGAUAUGAUCUCGAUCCCGUUACUGGAUUGGAUCGCGUUACCGUUGGGUUCAAUUUACUGCUGGAUCUCGUUAACAUUACUACUAUAAGCUUUUAUAUCCCUUUAUAUAUCCCCGUAGAACUAUAUAGAAAUUUCUGGAACAUUCUAGAUAAAAUUUAAUAACCUCCUGUAAACGUGUAAACAAUAGCUCUCUAAGUAAUUAUUUUUAAAGCCCGAAAAAUUAUACAACUAAAUGCACUGCUAUAGCUAUAAUACAUUUAAGUUAAAAGAGGGGGCCCAUUCCUUAGUUUUAACGAAUCAGUUUAGCCUGAGAUGGGGAACCUCAUAAAAAUCAUUGCGAUAAAUUAUGGAGUUAAAAUAAAAAGUUUGUCCGAUUAAAAUUGGUUUAAAAAUGCCAUAGAUAUAGCUUUUUAAAGUUAUCGAACUUUCUGGAAAAUUCUAGAUUAGAUAUUCUUAUUUUUAAAUCCACCGAUAUUUCAAUACGGAUAAUGAAGUGUAUUUCUACCAUCAAUUCACAUACAAACUAUAGUGUUGUCAAAGCCUAUUGAUAUUUAUAUAUAGCUUAUAUAAGGAAAAUUGAAAUGGAGCCCCAGAGGAAUGGAUAUUAUGAGUUCAGUACCCUUUGGUAUUUGAAUGUGGAUAAUCAAGUGUACUAAGUUUGGUCACGAUCCAUCUAUUUGUAUAGGAGUAUUUGUUGUUAAUUAUAUUUAUAAAGCUUAUGUAUGAAUAAACAAAAUUUUUUGCCUCCUGCUCUUAACGGAAUGUUAUAAAAAGUUCAAAACCCCUUAAGAGUUCCUUCUGGAUAAUGAUAGAUAUAUGUGCCAAGUAUGGUCAAGAUACAUCAAUCCAUGUAAAAGCCUUUUUGGAACAAACAGACAAACCUACGCAUUUUCACUUUUAUAUAUAUAUAUGAUAUCUGAUAUGAUUUCUUUAAAAAAACUCCUAUUGGAUGAAUACGUUAACCUGUUUUGUUUGUUUUUUUUUUGCUAACUCAAUUUUGUUCUGUCUUAUAUUGUAAAUAUCUCUGCUUCCAAAUUUAAUUUUCUUUAUUUUUCACUCUUAACUUUUCUUUCCACUUCAGUGAUCUCUAAUUAUCGUUUACACAUUUUUUUCCUUUUUACUCAGUAUGCAAACGAUGGCACUAUGGCUGUUGUUAUAGGUAAUAAAAGUGAUAUGAGCCAUAAACGUCAAGUUUCAACAGCAACAGCAAGAAGAGUAUGUUUUCUGUUUUACAUCAUAUUUGGCUCUUAUAACUUGAUAUGUGCAACCUUAACUUUGUAAAAACAUUUUUAUGUUAAACUAAACUCUCAAACUCAUUUUUGCAUGUUUCAAAAUUAUUAUAUUUAUUAUACCUUCUUCUUCUUAGCCGUUCUCACUCCAAAUGGAGCAUAGGCCAUCCACAAUACUUUUCCAUCUGUCCCUGUCCUGGGCUAUCUUUUCUUAUUCAGCCCAGCUUUUCUUCAUUCUCUUCACCUUUGUCUCUACUCCCCUCUUUCAUGUGGCUCUUGGUCUUCCUCUUUUCGUAGUACCAUGAGGAUUCCAGUUCAGGGUCUGUCUUGUGAUUUCAGUGUUUGGUUUUCUUAAUGUGUGCCCUAACCAUCUCCAUUUUCUCAUUUGUAUCUCCGUUCCACCAGAACACUUGAUGCUCUCUCCUAAAGGACAGUGUUAAAAAUUAUGUCCAACCACCUUAUUUUGAGGAUCCUUCGCAAGCAUCUGUUUAUAAAAACCUGCAGUUUUUUAAUGUUUUUUUUUUUGUUGUUCAAGUUUCACAGCCAUAAAGAAGAAGUGCCUUGACAUUUGAGUUAUAUAUUUUUAACUUUUUUUUGUCAGUAUUUCACUUAAGUUCCAAAUGUUUCGCAGGGCAUUGAAUGCUCCUCUGGCCUUUUGGACCCAGACUUUAUGUCCUCAUCUGUGCCACCAUUUUUAUUUAUGAUGCUUCCCAGGUAUGUAAAAGUCUCAACUUCUUCAAGAGAUGCUCCACUCAGGUUAAUCCCAAUGAUUCCAUCAUCCACUGCAUAUAUUCUUUAGGUCUUGGUUUUCCCUUUAUUUAUGCCAAGUCCAACUUGCUGCGAUACAGAGUCAAGUUUUGUUGUUUUCUCCUGCAUUUGUUUGUGGCUAUGUGAUAAAAGUGUAAUGUCAUCUGCAAAAUCCAAAUCCUCCAACUGUCUGAAAGGUGUCCACUGACAUGUAUAACCGUGCAACUCAUAUCCUUGUGUGUAUUCUUAAUUAAGUUAGUUAUCUUUUGGGGAAUACCAUAAUGCCUUAGUAGUUUCCAGAGUGUAUCUCUGUCUAAGCUGUCAAAUGCUUUUUCGAAGUCGACAGAAUUUAGGUACAAUGAUGCAUUGCACUCCAAGCACUGUUCCACGAUUAUGUGCAGUUGUGCAAGUUGGUCAGUACACAACUGCUUUCUCUAAAACCAGCCUGUUCAUCUCUUAGUUUGGAGUCUAUUGCUUUUUUAUUCUCUGCAGAAUAAUUCUAUUUAGUAUUUUUCCUGGUACAGAAAGCUGCAUGAUUCCUCUAUAGUUUCCACCCUCUCUCCAUGAGUAUCUCUUCUUUGUCCCAAAUAGUCACAAUUAGCUGGUGAAGUAUGCUUGAUGACAGUUCCAGGCCAUUAGUACUUUUGCAGGUAUUCCAUCAGGGCCAGCAGCCUUUCCAUUUUUCAAUAGUUUGAUCAUAUUUUUUUAAUUUCUGUUGGGUACAUUGCAGUCAAUGAGGAGAUCUUCUUCUGCAGGGAGAAUUUCAGGUGGUACUUGUGGGGCUGGCCUGUUUAGUAGUUCUUUGAAAUAUUCUAGCCACCUUUUCUUUUGUUCAUCAUUGUUGGUUCCCCAAUUUGUCUUUGAAUUUAUUAUAAUUCAGGUAUUAUUUUUGUAAAUUUAGGAUCUCAAUUAUAUUCUUUCAACUCGUCAUCUUAUUUAAUUCAAUAAAUAUUUUAUGUAUUCUAAUUUACUUAAAUUUCAGUUUGCUGAAGAAAAUAAUUUAAGAUUUUAUGAAACCAGUGCCAAAGAUCUAGCAAGUUUAGAACAGGUUAGUAUAAGUAUUUUUGAAACUAUUUGGUUUUGCUACUUUUUAGAGGCACACAGUUUGGGAUAACUCAAGCACUACAACUUUUGAACAUGGUUUUUUUAAAUAGAUAUUCUGAUACAGAUGAAAGAAAAAUAGCUUUUUUUUUAAAUGUAGUAUUUUUUUGUAUAGAAAACAUAAAAUUUUGAUUUUUGUUAUAGUUAAAAAUGUGAUAACCAUCCUUAUUACAAUUUUUUAAACCGAUAAACCAAGACAAAUUAUUUUUUUGCCACAUUAAUUUUACUUAUUUCAAAUAAUUAUGUGAAGAUUCAGGAUAAAUAUCUAGAUAUACUUGAAAGAAAAUUGUUCGUACCACAAUAAUCCAUAAUUGCAGGAGAGCUUAGUCACUCUUCAUAGACUCAUUUAGUGUCUUGACAUUUGUUGGGCUGCUCUACAACAUGUCUGUAAUGUAGGAAAACUCAUCACUCCAGCCUCUUCCACAAGUUUGGCAAGUGGACAGCCAAUUUUCAACUGUUUUUGUCGUUAUGGAACUAUGCCAUCAAUUUGGGCUCCUGUUGCUGUCUAGCCAGUAGGAUUGAAGUGGGCAAUGGUUCAUUUGCAUAAUAGUCACCCAUUGAUCACCAUUGUUUGGUCUGGGCAUGUUAUAUUUUGCACCCCGUGCCUCACAACCUGUCUGCCCACUGGCAAAAUCAUCUGUUCUGGAAAUGGUCCUUUAACCGUAUCUUAAUACGAAUGUGAGUGGUAUUCAUGGCUGUGCCUGUAUGCUGGCCUUUUCUAUGGGAAGUCUUCUUCUCAUCCCUGGAAACAGGAUGUUGAUAUACAGGUAUCAUUCGUCUCACAAAAAUUGGGCGGUACAUAAAAACUAAUUAAAGUAAUAAAGUUAAGUCAGCUCGCUUUUAUUAUAACAGCCAUUCACAGACAUCUGUAGAGAUAUUUUGAGAGCUGAGAGUGAGAGACCACAGACACCAACAGAGGACACAGGAAGAGUUGAUCUGGUCAAGUCACAGUUAUCUGCAUCCAAGCACUCUCUAGACAAAAGUAAAAAUGAAAGGAAAAAAAAUUGCUGUUGACACAGGAGUUGUGGCAUCUGUAAAUGUAAGCAUAAUGUGAUUAAGUGGUACAUCCUUACAUAAAACAUUUUUGAAAUUUUAACAUUUGAUCACCAUUAUUUUUAGAUUUUUUAAGCUGCAAGAUAAAUGCUAAUAAUGUUUUUAAAGAAUACUUCUGAAAAAAAAAAUGACUGGCAGCAAAUUUGUAAAAUGUAGUGCCACAGGUAAAGCGCUGGUAUCUCUAAUUUGUGAUAGCUCAUGUAUUUUCUUUCAUUAAAAAAAAAUAGUUACUUUAGAAAAGAUCAUUAUUCAAGUUUAAAAGAAUGUUCAACACUAAAAGGUUUGAAAUCUCAUCUCAAUUAUUUUGAAGGACACGUUUGUUUUCCAUUUUUUAACUCCGACAGAAGUAUUCAGUGUAUUCCACAUUAUUUAUAAAUGCUGCUAGACAUUUCCAUUAAAUGGGACCGAAGGGUGAGGGUUUUUUUUGUAAUGAAUGCUUUUGUAAGUAAGCAAUGAUCUAAGUAUCUUCUAUCUAUGCAUUGCAACAAAUAUGGGUUGAUGAUUACCACCUGCUUUUAAUAUAAGGCAAUCACUCUGUCCAAAUGAUUUCAUCAGAGAAAAGAUGAAAGUGUGCACAUUUGAUAUGAAUUGAUGUUAUCAUGGACCAAGCUAAUAUUUUUAUGUCAUUAAAUGUCUUUCUUUAUGCCAUGAGUAUUUUGUUAGGUUUUGAAUGUACAUUUCUUGUGUAGCCAGGCAAUAACUCCAGGGGCAGUAAAUCCAGUACCCCACCCCCAUCCAAUAAUAUCCCCCAUGUAAAAAAAAAACCCACUACUCCUCUGGGAAAAAUUAAAUAAAUAUUUUUAAAAUAUUUAUAUAUCAAAAAAUCAAAAAGAAAAAUAUUUUGGUUUCAUUAAAUUAUGCAUGAAUAAUUUACAUAUUUGGUUCCGAAGAAAUCACCAGAUGCACUAAAAUAGAGGAAAGGUAGAACAUUGAAAUAAUGAAAAUAAACCCUUUCUCCCAGGGGACCCCAAAAUAACGCUGCAAUUAAACCUUGGCUAUUUACCAUAUCUAAUUUGAUCACAGAGUAAAUGGCAGCUCUAAAUUGAAUUUUUUAUCACAUGCUGUUCGUUCUAAAACUAUUGAUAGUUUACCACUUCUGGGAUUUCAACACUAUCAACUAUAUGGGUUGGCUGGCCAACAGCCCAUCUUCUGAAUCUACAUGCAACAUUUUUAUAGAUAUUGGUUUUGGG